AGCCGCCACUUACAUCUGCUUAGCUUACCUCAGCCGGCAAUGGUGUAUCACCCUGGCCACUUUCCCUUCAUCUUAUAUAGAGAUGAUUCAUCAGCAAAUAUAUCUUCCCUCUCGCGGGACUCCAUUGAAUCCCCAAGAGCUUAAAAAUCUCUCCUUUUUCGUGUUUAUUAUUAUUAUUUUUUAAUUUAUGACAUACAUGUCGAAGAAUUUUGUCGGGCGGCCAUGAACGAACAGAUUAGCUUCUUCAAGUUCCCUGUGUCAAAAUCUCUGAGCAAUGAAAGGGAAUCCCAGAAAAAGCUCCCAGAUUUUCUCGGACGAGGUACUGGAUUACAUCAAACAGUUGUUUAUGGAGGAAGACGUCGACGUGCUUCAGAGUCAUCCAGAACUGGAGGCCACCGAGAAACCCUUUUACGAGCUCAUCGGUGAAAAAUACCCUCCUUCGCCGGAUCGAUCACCACCGGAGAGCUCCGGCGAGAAUCGUAGUUGUAACACAAUCAGCGAUGGCAUCGAUUUCUUUCAGUCCAACUCUGAGUUCGCUUGGUAUCGAAAUUGUGACAUUUCCCCCUCCCAUCCGUCUUUAGGGCUUCAAGAAGACCAAUUUACCAAUCUGUUCUUCAGAUAUCUCCCAACAUCUGAGUUCCAUAAGGGAGUCGAAGAAGCUAAGAAGUUCCUCCCAAAUGAAAACAACUUGGCCAUCCACCAUUUUGCACAAGCAGAUCUCACCUUGCAACGGGAGCCAAUCGAAGGAGCUAGGAGGAAGCAGAAUCGUUCUUCCGACGAAUGGACCAACGAAGAGGCGAGAAGAAGCAAGCAGUCUGCCUCUUUCUCUGAAGAACCGACGGUUCCAUCGGAGAUUUUAGACGAACUCCUCCUCUGCUCCGGCGAUAAAUUUCCCAAAAUCGUGAAAGCGAUAAGAAAGGAUUUUUACAAAGAAGCAAGCUUGAAUUCCCAAAACACCGAGCCAAAAGAACUCGGCACUCGCCGAAAAUCUUCCAAGACGAAGCAACCAAAGAAGACGGAGGACGCGGAGGAGGCCGAUAUCCAAACUCUUCUCCUCCUCUGUGCACAGACAGCGGCCAAUUACGACAGCCGGAGAGCCUAUGAACUACUGAAGCAAAUCCGGCAGCAUUCAUCUCCUCAUGGUGACGCCUCUCAGAGACUUGCUCAUUACUUUGCCGACGGCCUCGAGGCCCGUCUCUCCGGAACUGGAAGCGAGCUCCACCAUUCCGUUGCAUUCAAUCAAAAAACACUGAAGGACGCAUUGAGCGCCUACAAACUCUACCUCGCAAGCUGCCCUUUUAAGAAGAUCUCCUACCACUUCGCAAACCAAACUAUCUUAGACACAAUUCAGAACGCAGACAGAGUCCACAUAUUGGAUUUCGGCAUCUACUUCGGCUUCCAGUGGCCAGUUUUCUUAAAGCUUCUGUCUUUAAGGUCCGGCGGGCCGCCAAAGCUCCGCAUCACCGGCAUCGACAUUCCUCAGCCCGGCUUCCGCCCUACAAAGAUGAUAGAGGAAACAGGGCGUCGGCUGACAGAUUAUGCAGAGCGAUUCGGUGUUCCAUUUGAGUACCACGGCAUCGCAGCUAAGUUCGACGAGAUCAAUGUCGAGGAGCUUUCUAUAGACGAAGAAGAGAUGCUGGUUGCGAAUUGUUUGUUUCGGUUGCAUAGUCCGGCGGAUGAAACCGUAUUCGAAGAAUGCCCGAGGGAUAAGGUGCUCAACACCAUUAGAAAACUGAACCCAGCUGUGUUUGUGAAUGUUGUUCUGAAUGGAACCUAUGGCGCUCCAUUGUUCAUGACCAGGGUUCGAGAGGCACUGUAUCAUUUUUCUGCUGUGUUCGACAUGAUUGAUGCGACUACGAUAAGGGAGAGCGAGACGAGGCUGAUGGUGGAGAGGGAUCUGUAUGGGCGGCUGCUGAUCAACGCCAUCUCGUGUGAGGGAUUGGAGAGGGAGAGACCGGAGACAUACAGGCAGUGGCAAGUGAGGUGCUUGAGGGCAGGGUUUGGAAUGGCGCCGAACAGCAGACGGUUUGUGAAGAAAGUGAAGGAUGGAGUGAGAUCAAUCUACCACGAGGAUUUCUGCAUCGAUGAAGAUGAUCGAUGGCUGCUUGUAGGAUGGAAAGGCCGCAUCUUGUACGCUCUCUCUGCUUGGAAACCUUCUUAAUUGUAUCGUCAGUUCGUCACCACCUAAAAUUUAUACAAAUGUGAUUUACUUUGCUAGUUUUGUUGUUAUGUAUUUUCUUAUUCAUUUUUGAAAUAUAAUAAG